AUGUGUGCUCUCACAGGCUCUCAGCAGGAAGCUCUCCAAGAAUUUCCCGACAUCGAAGGAAUAGACCUUGCUUCCCGAUAUCUUCAUUCCUAUACGCGCGAGAAACUCUCGUUAGAAGUUUGUGCCACGAUUUUGUCGGAAGACUCCACCCUGCACGAGAAGCUCCGGGAGGCACAUAGAUCGCAGGAUUCGGAGGCUCUGGAUAGUAUCUGUGUUUAUGUUACACAAAAUGCGUGGCGGUUUCAUCCCCAUUUACGGAAGAUGAACGAAUUGAUCCACAAAAUUUCUUCUAAUGGCCAGAUGGCACCUAUAAUCAGGGGCGAAUGGAAGCGUCCUUUUUGGAUCUCGAAGCAUGAAGCCAGUGCAAAGACCACGGACCACAUUGAAAGCUUGCAUAUUCCAUUAGGGAGCUUGAAUGAAGAAAUACCUUUGAUUAUUCUUCAUCAGUUGGGUAAUUUCAAACACGAUAUACUACUCAGGAAAAGACUGGACCGAAUAUUUUCCCCUUCGAACCACACGUUUCUUGUGAAUACCUCGGGUACAGGCAAAACCAAGUUGCUUUUCGAAGGACUAUGCUUACACUGGGGCUUUUAUUUGACAUGUGCCGUUGAUACUUUCUUUCUUGGAGCAGGGGAUCUUCCUUCUGUCGUGAACGAAAUAAGUUGGGAUAGUAGCUGGACCCCUCGCCUACCAUCCAGUUCCAGUGCCAAUUACACCUCAUCCCUUCAAACCAAUCUACGGCUGACAUAUCGUGCAAUUAGUGAGGUCCUCCUAGCUCGGCUGAUUCUAUUCAAGAUGUAUCUAGAAAUCUGUUCCAAGGAAGGUUUCUGUCUCGAACAGCGGCAACGCUGGUUGGAAUCACAAAUUUUCCCAAGAGAUAUAUCGACUACCUUCGACUCGUUUGGCAUGCUGAAGUCCGCAAUAGCUGAUGCCCGUUUGAAUGACAAGGAUUUAGACGAAGCCAUUAUGCAUUGUUUGGACGAGAUACAAAACAUAUGGGAAGUAUCUAUCGACGAUUUUUUUUACAUCGUAUUAGACGAAGCAAACGUAGCGUCACGAAAGCACGAGGAGGCGUUCGAAGACCAAUACGGUCACUAUCCAAUCUUGAAGGAGAUUAUACGCAGCCUCCGCCAACGAAUGGGUCACUUGCCUGUUAGAUUUGUUGUUUCUGGUACCAUCAUUCCCGAAGAACACUUCCAGUCAUCUGUCGGCGAGUGGGAUGAUUUUCGCUGGUGUUCAGACACCGGGUCCUUCGAUGAUCCAGAGGAGCAUCGUCGCUAUGUCUCCAAAUUCAUGCCUACUGAAUUUGCUAGUUCAGUCACAGGGCAGACUUUACUAGAUCGUAUGUGGCAAUGGUUGCGUGGAAGGCAUCGGUAUACAGCGUCAUUCCUUGCUGUCUUGCUGCACAAUAGUUUCCGCAGUCCUCAUACGUUACUCGGUCAUUAUAUCGAACGGAUCACUGAAUACAUUCCUCAUGAUAAUCAUGAAUACUCGGGGGAGGAGGAGGCUCGCUACAACGGUUGGUAUGCGCCACUUGGUUCUAGAGGACUUGGUUUAUGGUCACUUAGCACCGUUACUGUGGAAAUGCACCGUGCAGCCACCUCCUUUUUGAGCACUUCGAACGGUUGCAUUGACUGCUUAAAAGAGGACAGGAUUCUGAUCACUGAAGAUUAUGGAUAUUUCAUUGACCCUGACUGUGCACAAAUUGGGCUCAAUGAGCCUUUAACAAUAACGUCUGGCGCAAGUUGGCUGAAGAAAAAUUCGUACUUCGGUUUUGCAAAGUUCAUCAGGAUUUUUUGCAAGAGAUCCGAAGUUGCCGUUCAUCCCACUCAUUUUGCACAUUUUCUGACCUUUUGGCUCGCGUCGCUCUUGCGCCCUCCCUGCAAGAUUUCGGAUGCGUUCAGAAUCAUCGGAUUACCUGCAACCUUCUCUCCAGUGAAACUGGUCACCUGCACAAAGAUAGCACAACAAAUUGAAGCUGUGGACGUGCAUAUACGGGUAGAAAUCUAUGGCAAGCUGGUUUUCAUGGCGAAUAGCGCAGAAGACAUAGUCUCGUGGUUUAAACAUGAGCGGGACGAACCAUUUUGUGCCCUGUUAUCUUCCUCGAGCAACACCGUGAUCCUGGCAUUCUGUCUACAACUUGCCGAUGAACGAUCGUUCUGGGUGUUCGUACGGAUUUCAUCGAAAUCCACAAAUGAAGAGGAUAUAGAUUUUGCGCAGGAAAUUGAUGACCUCCACCCCACCAAGGUCUUCCAUGACCAGCCCGACGUACUUCCACUUCUCAGCGAUUUACCGAACCUCUGUCUUGAAGUCGGGGAACUCGGAGUUCUCCGCAUUUCAGGAUCCUCCUGGGCCGAGAGAGCGACUGAGGACAAGAUUCCUGCUGAACAACGUCCCGCUGGUGUUUUAAAUAUUGACGGGCUGGACAUGGCCGAAAAAGGAGUUCCUCAUAGCGAGUUCAUGCGCCGUCUUUCCCUAGCCAUUGUACAAACGAAGAAAAAAGUAGAAGCUGCACCUCCGCUGACUGUAGAGGAACACUCUAAGAAAGGUAAAAAACGGGGCCGAUCCUCGACUGUAGUAGACGAGGCUGGCGCAGUUACCCCCACUAUCAUUGGAACCGGAAAAACCAAGAGCACGAGGUUCACUAAAGGCAUUGCUGUAGAUCGUAGAGCUGCCGGCGAUCACAGAACAAAGAGUGUAAAGUCUACCAAGGUUGAUGUUGCCACAGGCCCCGAUACCAAACCUGGGAAUGAUCACAAAGGUACUGGUAGAACUGUACGAUCUGGUCGUAGACAACAUAGAAUUGAGACUCAGUCUGAUAGAGUUGAAGCUACUGGUGCAUCAUCUUCGACACCAUAUAACUUGCGGAAGCGAUGA